AUGACUGCUGCUCGUCUGUCACCAGCAGCAAGCUUGCUACGCAAUUCCAGACUCUUCGCCAUUCCAGCUGCUAUACCUCUGCCAGCGAUAGAACCUUCAUCAGAACCCAUAUCAUACUCAGAUUCCGCAACCACCCCGUACCCGACUCGAGCUGCCCUCGAAACACCCCUAUCAUCACUCAAUCAAGGAGAUUGGGGUUUGAAAAGACCGCUGCCGAUCAAAACUACUACGAAGUCCGGCACCCCUCUUGUGCGAUUUCAACGAGGAAUCGACACCCCCGAACAUGUGGUCGACUUCGAGUCCGCCGCAGAUCAUGUCCUUACGUUGCGCAAGUACCAGGAGCUAAAUCUGAGGGUGGUAUUGCCUGCGCCAAGGGAUCGGAAGUCAACAUUGAAUACACAACGAACGAGUGCUUUCGACUCGGAAGUUGACCACACUGCAGACAAGCCUCCCUCAAUACCUGACGGAGGCGCAUCCACAUCAUGGUUAGACGAGAGCCCAUCAGAACGAGCAAAGCGGAUGCCGCAGCAUCUCAGAGAUACACUCGAAAAUAUUGCGCAAGAAAGAGCUGGUACAACAAAAUCUGGACAUGAAACUACUCCAAUCCAACCACAGCCCGCUUCCUCUUUGGCUUCACCAGCAACACAAACUGCCCGCAGAUGGCGGUACUCUGGACCUUAUCUGGCGGGGCUGAACGGUAUGGAAUUUGAUUCUUUCCUGAAAGGUAUUACCAGGGAGAAAAGGGCUGCAUUUAGACAGUUGGUCAAGAAUCACUUAGCUGAGCAGCGAGCUUCUGAUCAGCGCUUGAAAGCUCUUGAGGAAGGCCAGGCAGAUACUGCUCCACAGACCCAGUCAGAACUCUCAGACCGGGAAGUUACAGAGCACCUCCGAUAUUUGCGAUCAGAACCAGGUAAAUUUGGACCUCUCAUUGCCGAAUUCUUCGAUCUGGCUGAUGGUCCAAAACCAUCAUCGGAUACCACCGAUCCUUGGUCAUAUGGCCGUGAUACUGUGUCGGCGGAUCUCUACAAAGAAUCUGGACCCCCCCGCACACAUCCAUCUGCAGGCUUAUCCUACGUCAAGACAGAAAUGUUUGCAGCCAACGAUGCCGUCACAGGGCCCAGAGGGACACGAUCACCCGUUGCAGCUCGCCUUCUACGAUCGAUUCAGUCUACUCAUAACAAGCAUAUCCCAUUCGUGGGUGUGGCUGGAUUUGUUGUUCCGCAGCCCACAAACCCUGGUAUUUCGGAACAGAACUGGAAGUGGGCACCGGUCAAAGACGGACCUAAACUCGUGGUAACGCCUACUGCGACCAGCAUCUCGCAGGCUGGUAAAGUUGAGAUUCAGACUCGGAUGCAGCCUGACUGGGUUGUGGAGGACGAUGUGCCUGUCAAUAUCGCUGAGAGACGAACCCCAAAGGAUGCUUCGACUCCCAAGCGCUCCAUUUCUUCUCAAUUGCCGACUUUUGGGCGCAAAGGAACUCCUGUUAGACGGCAACGGCCAGCCCCGGAACCCAGCCAGAGUAUCGACGAAGAGAUAGGGUUUUUGUUGCGGGCGAACUCGAAAUACAAGGCGAGCAAGCCUACUUGA